GAAAUAAUUCCACAGACUUUCUACCCUCGACGUCAGAAUAUUCCUCCACAUUGACAGCAUAAAUCCUGUUAUUUCCUUCUGCAGAACUUAUUAAGCACAGCCUAUUCUAUGGAGACAAAAUAAUCAAACUUGUAGAAAAAGCAACCUGAAUUAAAACGGUGAGGGAAAAUCUCUGCUUUCCUCACCACCACCCUCACCCUCAAAAAAAAAAAAAACUUUAUUUGUAUGAAACUAGAAUGUGUUUAUUGAUAUGAAAGCCUUUUGGUUUGGAGUUCUUUUGGUUUUGUCUGAGCCAAGGAAAAGAAAUCCAAUAUCAUUAACGGACAUAAUCUCAGCAACCCAUCUAGAGCUGACCAGAGUUUGUUAACUUCGUUUCAGGCGGGAAAUGAUGCCCCUUCUGUCCCUGGUCUUCUCUGCCCUCUUUAUCCUCUUUGGCACCGUCAUCGUUCAGGCUUUCAGUGACUCAAACGAUGAGCGAGAGUCCAACCCUCCAGAUAAAGAGGAAGCUCAUGAGAAGGCCGGGAAGACUGAGCCAACCUUCACCAAAGAAAACAGCAGCAAGAUUCCUAAAAAAGGCUUUGUGGAGGUAACUGAGCUCACAGAUGUAACGUACACCAGUAACCUGGUCCGCCUGAGGCCAGGCCACAUGAACGUGGUCCUCAUCCUGUCAAAUUCCACCAAGACCAGCCUACUACAGAAAUUCGCUUUGGAGGUCUACACAUUCACUGGGAGCAGCUGCCUGCACUUCUCCUUCCUGAGUCUAGAUAAACACAGAGAAUGGCUGGAAUACUUGCUAGAAUUUGCUCAGGAUGCAGCCCCGAUCCCAAACCAAUACGACAAGCAUUUCAUGGAGCGUGACUACACAGGUUACGUGCUAGCCCUGAACGGUCACAAGAAGUACUUCUGCCUCUUCAAGCCCCAGAAAGCAGUGGAAGAGGAGGAGGCCGUGGGGUCCUGCGGUGAUCUUGACUCUUCCCUCCAUCUGGGCGAAACUCGAGGGAAAUCUUCCUGUGGCCUUGGACCCAGGCCCAUCAAAGGGAAAUUGAGCAAGUUGUCCUUAUGGAUGGAGCGCCUGCUCGAAGGCUCCUUACAGAGGUUUUAUAUCCCGUCGUGGCCUGAACUAGACUGAGGGAGCUCGAGAGAGACUUUAACUCUUCAGGCUUUUUAAGAGGCCCCUGGGAACAGGUCUUUUCAGGACUCGACCUAUCACCACGGACAGAGAAUAGAUUCUAGAUUAUUCUUCCGGAACAAUGGCUGGAAGAAUCUUUCCUUUGUCCUGUCCUACCUAACCUAGAAGUGAAAAACACCUCAAGUUGAAUUCCUUAGAUCAAAAUAUUUUGCUUUGGGUUCUUUUUCCCCUCGUUUGAAUGCCGCACUAUUUAAAGGAGACUGCUCAUCCCCUCUUCCUUCGUCAUCCCUGUCCUGUGCUCCCACCGCCCUCCCCUGUCCUGUCUCUGCGCUGUGGGAGAGACACAGGGCUGUGGCCGGCAGCAGGCCCUGGAGUGCUGGCCGGGCCCCCGCCCCCGCCGUGCUUCCGCGCCCAGUGCAUGCUGUAUCCGUGGGACGACAGCCCACAGCAGCUUCUAGGCCCUGCAUCCUGAAAGAGGCCUGGUUCCAAGCAGUCUCACAUUUGAUAGUUUUUUCUGGUAGUCAGUGGCUAAAAGUGUAUUUGGGGGGUAUCCCCCUGCAGCAGUUGGUCAGCCACGGUUUUACAAGGCUAGGGAUAAGUGGGGGUCCUGCAUGUGAGUUUGGUUUGAAGGGGGAGCUGGGCAGUGACGUACGUGACCCCUUGGGGCGUCCCAUCAGCCACCUCCCCCAGCGCUAAGCGUGGCCAGGGAGGGAUCUGCACGGCAAGAAGUACUGUAAUGACUGAGCCAUUUAUGUGUCUGUUUUCACAUGCCUUUCUGCCUCUGUCAAUUUUAGGGUAUGAAUCUUAGGAGCCAUAAUUUGUAAUCUUGUUCUCUGGACGUAGAGAUAAGCUGCUAUAAACCAGUAGAUGUUAAACUGAAGACACCUCCCUUAUCCCCUGCCUGACAGGCGUCAGGCUUGAGGAACCUCUUCACUCUGGUGGUGUCUCUUUAGUAAAAUACCAGACGUGUCUUUGUAUCAAGGAACUUAAAAAUUUCUCCAUAAUUGUAUUUUGAACACUGUUAACCCCCAGAAGUGCUGUAACUUUGAGCCCUCUUUUGUGACAAGUGAGCCAAGACUUGUUCUAGACUCCUGUUUGGCAAAAGGCUUACUUUGAGCUUCUGACCUAUAUUACGAUAGCUCAAUUGCUUUCACUCUUAACUCACAAUUGCUUCACCAGGAACAGGGUCCGACCUACCAUCAGCACCCGGCUUCCAGUGUGCAGUGGAUCACACCCACCAGUUAGAGAGUUUGCCUUUUUGGGGGCGGGGGGGGGCGCAAAAUUACCAGGGGAUUUUGAGCAACCUCAAAGAGUGGUCAGUUCAGAUGUCAAAACACAUUGGCCUUUUGUAAAGCCAAGUGUCAGGAUCAGUGAUGGGACAUUUACUGAGUUAGUAUUUCUUUAAUCAUCAUUGCUUUAAACAAAGCCAUUUGGGUCCUGAACAAUUUAAACAUUGAGCUAUAGGGGCAAGUAAUAAAUUAUUUAAGCCCAGGAAUUCCUAUCAUUUCCAUGGAGUCUAUAGCUUUAUUUAAAAGAAAAAAAAUCACUGCCAGUCUUUUUUUCCCCACAUGAUCCUCUAAAAAUUGGAUGCUUCCUCUGAUUGCUGUCUCCUGGCACCUGGCCCAGGCAGGUGUGAUUAAGGGAUUCAUUUGGUUCCUUGAUGCACCAGCCUCAAAAUUAUUUUCUAGGUCUUUUAUGGCCGAGUUGCUGAUGUGAGUAGUGUUCUGGUUCAGUGGUCGGUUUUUAAUUUCUGGUACUAAUGGGAUGGAUCCCUAACCUUAAUUUCUGAAAACCAAAACCUCCCCCAGAUUUGUUCACUUUAAAAAUGUUUCUCAUUAAAAUGAAAAGCGCCUUUAGACAGACAGCUGCACCCUCUAUUUGUACGAAGAAAGGAAAGUUAGAAUAGAUAGGAUUAAAAACAUUCCCGGUGAAUGUUUCAGUGCAGAAAUUAUUUCACAGGUCUGUUUGGGGCUAGAAGAUACGUCCCCCAAGAGGACACUAGGAAGGUUCUACUUUGAACUAACUUUGCCCUUGACCCCCCAAGCCUUUUCUCCUGAAUGUUUCCAUGAAUUUGUUUACCUUUGUGUCAAAUGUCUGAGCCUUUGUCAUGCUUAGCCAGUGCCACCAUUUCUCCUCCUCUUGUGUGAAAUCACACAGACCUGAUUUUGGUUUUAAGUUAAUUUCUUGGUCUUUGAAUAUCUUGAGACUGACAACAUUGUUUGGUUUUUAGAAGUAGGCUUUUCUGGUACAUCGUGUUUAGCAGCUGGGGAUGGAAACUGGCCUAAAACAAGUCUUUGUAGAACACGCACCUACUUACAAAUAUUUUUUUAUCAUCCAGGUGCUGGUGGCAUAAUUUGGCUAAGAGAUUGUCCCAGCUCUGAGUCAGCAGCGUUUCAAUGAGCAAGACUGCCCUGACUUCUAUUAGGCACCACGGUCUCGCUCCCUGCCAUCACUUCCCAACCAUGAAAAUUUGGUCAUACUUUUCAAAUUAAUAGGUUGAUUUCCUCCUCAUUCAGUACAUGAACGUUUUCCUGAUUUAAAAAGAAAUGAAAUCUGAAUGUGUUUUUUUUAAGUGAUUUGCUCUGUUUGGGAAAAAGAAAUCAGAAGCAAACACUCCAACUUUUUUCCUAAGUAAAAUUCUUUAAAAGCUGAGGCAAAAUAUCUUUGCAGAUGAAAUAUCGCUCACAUCCAAAUGCCUGACCUUGUCCCUUGAACACAAAUGCAGUGUGGCAACCGCUAAAUCUGUCCAUUCCGUUUGUCAAGGAGGAUGGAACUUUAGAGACCGAUCUGAAAAGAAGGUGAAUAUUUUGCACUUUUGAUACUCUUAGGAACAAAUAACUUAUUUGGCAAAUGGUGUCUUUUUUUAUGUUGUUUGUGUUUUGUAUUGUGAACAGGCACUGAAGCUGAUGUUAUUUUUGUUUUGAGAAUAUUACAGACUGGAAACAGAAAUAAACUAUUUUAAUGUGUGAUGAUUA